AUGGCAGUUUUUGUGACUGUCGGCACCACUUCAUUCAAUGAUUUAAUUCGAGAAGUAAAUCAGCUCAGUUUUCAUAAAGCAAUUGCUCGUUUGGGGUACCGAAAAAUAUUUAUUCAAUACGGUCGUGGUACCGUUGAUCCUUUACCGACCGAGAGUCCAUUGGAAGUCGUCUCUUUUCCCUUUCGCACAAACUUGGAUAGUGUUUUUUCCGAGUCUUCUUUAGUAAUCAGUCAUGGGGGAGCAGGAACGUGUAUGGAGGCUCUUACGCCUCCAGGAAAACGCAAACUUAUCAUUAUUAUUAAUGAGACCCUGAUGCACAACCACCAGGAAGAGCUUGCCUUAUCUUUGCACGAAGGGAAACAUGCUUUUGUACUGCGGGUAAAGGAACUCCACAAGUUCAUUUCUACUGGUAAAUAUAACCCGCCUUCGCAGUAUCAGGGCGAAACCUUCUGGUAUGAAGCCGACCCGGUGACGCUACUUGGUCCGUUAACCUCUCCCGAAAGUGUAGGACUUGUACCAUUUCACCGGGGCGAUGCUUCUCGUCUAGUCAACUUUUUGAAUGACCUGCUCGGUUUCCCACAUAUUGGAGUCUGCCCUAGUCUGACCUAA